ACUUGGGACGAAGUUAGACGCAGAUAUCAUUUCUAAUUAUAAAAAUAUCUAAAACCCAUUUCAAGGAUACACACACAAUAAGUGAUUAGUACAUGACUAAUCAUUAAUAAUUUUCUAAUGCGGGAACUAUAUAUUCAAUUAAUCUUCAAGUACAUAAAGUUUUUAUUUCUCUCUAACAAAAGAAUAAGAUUAGAUUUUUAUAUUAUUUAAUAGUGCAGAACAUGCGGUGGACUAUAUCAAUCUCGUUAUGUAUAUAUUAUGCGAGUUCAAGUUUGGCCGGAAAGAAGAAGGAAUCGUCUGACAGAAAUAAUUUCUCGACAAGAAUAAUGCCUAAUAUUAUUAAUGACAUAAAAUUAGAUUUUAAGGACGUUUUACUUCGUCCUAAAAGAACUACAUUAAAAAGCAGAUCAGAUGUGGAUUUGUAUCGAGAAAUUACGUUUCGCAAUUCAAAACAAACAUAUAAUGGAAUACCUGUGAUGGCAUUUAAUAUGAAGACUAUUGGAACUUUUGAAAUGGCCACAAUUUUGGCAAAGUACGGAUUUUUUACAAUUCUGCAUAAAUAUUACACAGUAGAAGACUGGAAAAAAUUUUCUGAUAAAUAUCCCGAUUGUAUUAAAUAUACUGCUGCCAGUUCAGGAACUGGUAAUGGAGACUUUGACCGUUUGACAAGUGUUUUAGAUGCAGUAUCAGAAAUUUCAUUUAUAUGCCUUGAUGUCGCAAAGAGUUAUUUAAAACAUUUCGUUCAAUAUGUGAAAAAAAUAAGGGCUAAAUAUCCCAAUCACACUAUAAUUGCUGGAAACGUUGUUACGGCCGAAAUGGUCGAGGAAUUAAUUCUUUCUGGGGCAGAUAUUGUUAAAGUUGGCAAAUGAAAAUUUUCUAUUGUUCGUCAUCAAGUACUUCUAUGAAAAAAUACGACGGAGGUAUUGCUUUAUUAACCAGUGAAAACUGAAACGGUCAUAUCACAGAAAAAACCUGAAUUCAAAUUGAGUAUAGAUUCUAUACUCAAUUUGAUUCGCAACAAAAAUGAAACUGGUUGUCUCAUUUCGAGUUCUAAGGUAAAAGUUUCAAAAUGAAACAGGCAAGUUUCAUUUUGAGAAAAAGAAAAAUGGAAAAAUAUUGUGAAAUAACGAAUAAUUUUGCACAAAAACAUGAAAUAUAAUAAUUACAAAGAAGUAAAUAACA